AUGGGACGCAUCACGAAUUUCUUGAAUCUUAAUCUGGAUCAAACCCAAUCGAAAGACCAGAUGGUACCCGAUUCAGUCAGUAGACGGCUGUGCGGCCCGCUGGUUGGUAUCGAUGAGGAUUCUGACAUUCAUGGCUCUGAGUCCCAGCAGAAAAACGAAACUGAGCGUGGUCCUUAUUUAACUCCAACCCAGGAGGACUACUUUUUAGACUCAUAUUGGAGCUCUUACCAUACUUCCCUGUUUCCAAUUCUUGACGAGACCGAGUUCAAGCAUCACUAUCGAUCGUUGUGGAUGGCCUCGGGGAAUGCGCGAAAAGACUCGGCUCUUGUUGACAUUGUAAUUGCGCUUGGCAUGCAGUACGGCGUUUCGAUGCUGCCUAAUAUGAGAAAUCAACUUGCGGAUAAAAGCGACGCUACUAUUGCCGGUCGAUGGUACUAUCAACGGUGCCAGAAUCUACUCGCCUACGAAUUAGAAAGCCCUACCUUGGCGACCUUGCAGUGCCAUCUAUUAUGUGUGAUAUUCCUAUGUUCGGCUUCUUUUCAAAACACCUCAGAUAGCACCUGUGCUAUGGCUGUACGCACAGCUCAUAUGCUUGGUCUUCAUUUGAAUCCUCCACAAAGCAUGCCACGCAAGGAGCGCGAAAUGCGCAAGCGUUUAUGGUGGGCGCUGUACAGCUUGGACAGCAAGCUUGGAAUGAAGUUGGGCCGCCCGUUCCUACUAUAUCAGACCAAUACCACGCCUAAAUUGCCGGACGACGAUGUUGAAGCUGCGAUGCUGUCAGGUUCUACCUUUGCACCUCUUGGAAAUAACGCGACUUGGCUUAGCUUCAAUCUACAAAAUAUGACCAUGUUUCUGGCUGCCCGUGAGGCUCACGCCGCGUUUUAUAACAGAGACCUGCACCUUAAGGAGGGCCAGAAUUUAUGGGAUGACGUUAACGUUCUGGAAGGCCAAGCUGAAUUCAUUUAUCCGUUUGUUAAGAACCUCGAGAAUUGGACGAAUGGCGUACCUAGUACUCUCACGACAAAACGCAAAAACGGCAGUCGCCCAUUUGCCACCGGUGGCACAGAUCUGGAGAUUGAGCAAUACUCUCCUCUCUGGCUCCAAAGGCAGCGUGUGAUCCUUGAGCUAAUGUACCAUAAUCUAAGCGCCAAUAUCUGUCGUCCGUUUAUUUCAUUUGCCCCCACUCCUUCGUUGGCCAUCGCGGAAGAAUUGGCGUUCAAAUGUGCUGGUCAUGCCAUAGCCCUAACAAGCAUCACACACCAAGUUCUCUCCUCGACGGCUAUCUUGUCCGGUUGGCACGAGGCAUUUCAAUGGCAAUGGAAUAGCGCCAUGACUCUGGUUGGCUUUGUGCUCGCUUAUCCGCAAAGCUCAAUGGCCAUUGCAGCCAGAGAUGCAAUCACAUUAUCGGUUUCCGUUUUCGACAUCUUUGGAAACAGUUUUGCAGUAGCUAAUAGCGCAGCUGCCAUUGUGCGAAACCUGAUCAUGAAAAUCGAUUUCCUUGCCAAACGUGCUUGGCAAAGAAAGUCUAUAUCGGAUAACCACAAACAGACAGCUGAUCAAUGUUCGAUAUCUUCCAUUACCACGCAAUUACAAUCUGGACCCUACAUGAAUAACAAUUCCAUUAUGUUUCAGCCAUCAGCUGGCGUUCUGGACUUUGGUGACAUGAGUCUCGAGUCGAUGCAAGAUAUGUUUCACAUGGCUUUUGACAUCGAUCAGUGGAGCGACCUCAACGGUUUAUGGUCACAAACAAACAGAGCUUAG